AGUCAUUGGUGGGAGGGAGCAAACAUCCCUGUGCAUAAAUAGUAAAUACGAAGCAUAUACGCAAGAAGCUCAAGCUUGUUGUAUAUAACGAGCACCAUCAAUUCGUAGAGAUUUAUACUCCAAAUUAAAAGGCGCAUGCGAGUCUCUUGGGUCAUGGCUUCUUCUUCUUCUUCUUCUUAUUCUCUCUCCUCAUUCAGCCCCAUCAGCUUCCCACUACUUUCUCCCUCCCAUUUUCUCUCAACCAUGUUUGCUUUUGCUGGUGCGCAACUCUGUCACCCCAAACUCAUUUCCAGGAUUUUUCUUUUGUUUUAGUAGUGCAGUAACGAAGUUCAAGCAUCUCAUAUAAAAACACUGCAAAGAAAAACACAUUUGGACAGUACUGGGACUAGAAAACCAGAAACUGCAAUCUCUGUCUGAAGUUUCAACUACCAAGGAAAAAAAAAAGGAAAAAAAUAGAGAAAGAGAGAUGGGUUUCUGGACAUUGUUGGAGGUGGCUUGUAUGCCAACUUUCCAAGUUCUCAUAAUCAGUGUACUGGGAGCUUUCAUGGCAACUGAGUAUUGGAAUCUUCUCCCUGUAGACGCCCGGCGGUCCAUGAACAAGGUUGUGUUUGUGGUUUUCACCCCCUCACUGGUGUUUGCAAGUGUGGCCAAGACUAUUACAUUUGAAGACAUUAUUUCAAUGUGGUUUAUGAUCGUAAACGUGGGGCUUACAUUUCUAUUUGGAGGGAUACUUGGAUGGAUUUUGGUAAAGAUAGUCAGACCAAAACCUUAUCAGGAAGGCCUGGUAAUGGCUGCAUGUUCAUCAGCAAACUUGGGAAACCUUCCCCUUAUACUUAUCCCUGCAAUCUGUGAAGAGGAUGGGAACCCAUUUGGCGAUCAUAGUGUUUGUAAAAGGGUUGGACUCUCAUAUGUGUCUUUUUCCAUGGCGCUUGGGGGUUUCUUCAUCUGGACUUACAGUUACCAGCUGAUACGAACUUCAGCGAUGAAAUGGAAAGCUCUUCAAGCAAUUGAGGCAGCUGAGGAGGCCUCAAAGAAUCCCAACAGUGAUUUAGACGCUGAGGGGGAAACUCCCCUUCUCAAGGGAGAAGAUGAAGAGCAGGGUUCUAUAGUAGUUUCAUCAAAUGGUUCUAGAAACCAAGAAGCUAUAGUAGCCGAUGAAUCAGACGUACCAUUCAGCCGAAAAGUAGUAGCAUUUGUUAAGCAGAUUUUACAUGAGUUACUGGCACCACCAACGGUAGCUGCGAUUGUGGGAUUUUUUAUUGGGUCAAUUCCAUUUCUUAAGAAGAUAAUAAUUGGUGACAGCGCCCCCCUGCGGGUGAUCGAAGACUCUAUUACACAACUUGGGAAUGGAACCAUCCCUUGUAUCACACUUAUUCUUGGAGGCAACCUCAUCCAAGGUUUACGCAAAUCGACGAUCAAAAUUCCUAUCAUCAUUGGAGUGAUCAUUGUUAGAUACGUAGUAAUGCCCACACUAAUCUCUAAACCCUAGACUCUAAACCCUAAACCAUUACUAGAAGUGAUUUUAUGACUCAUCAAAACAAUGGUUCAGUUUACCCUGCCACCUGCCAUGAAUAUUGGAACCAUGACCCAGCUGUUUGAUGUGGCUGAGGCAGAGUGCUCAGUGAUCUUCCUGUGGACAUACUUGGUUGCAGCCUUGGCGCUUACUAUUUGGUCAACAGUCUAUAUGUGGCUCUUGUCUUGAACUGCCUUCAGCUGAGGAUGGCAAGCAUCCCUAAAUGGUGCAUUUUAUAGUGAGAGGCUUACACUUCAGAGGGAAGAAGGAUCUACAUUCCUGCAUUUGGGUGUUCUUUUGUCCUCCAUUUUUCGAUUCGAUUGGUUGUUUCAACUGGAAGAACAAAAUUAGUUAGAGUAUGAUUUGGGCGUGUAUGUAGAUCCCAUAGUUUCGUUUACUUAUUGUGUAAUAGGAAAAAUAUAUAUGAAGAGAAGGGGGUGAUUGUGUGUUAGAUUUUUCUUAGCUCAAUGUUUCUCAUAGAUAAAGCCUUGAUUUUUGCA